CAGUGAGCAUCGAACUUCACCAAGGGAUACAGCCAAUUCCAGAACCUGAUCUUGAAAUAUGGAGAAUAGGCCAGAGAAUCAAGAUGGCCCUGUGUUCCCAGAGAAGGGGCCUGAGAGUCACGAAGAUCCAGCGUCCUCCAUGAAAGGAAAUGCUGCAAUGUCAGCACCAGCUGGUAUCACAGCAUCGCUGAGCAGCACAGCUGAGGAACCUGUGGGAGAUGGCACUGGUGCUUAUUCGCUGGCAUCAUCAACUAAAGGACCACGUGACUCAGUAACAGCAAUUACUGCUGAAAAUUACUUGGAGAUGAUACACAGGGAACGGAAUAAACUGGUCAAUUUACUUCAAAAUGAUGCUGACAAUGUUUUGGAUGAGUUACUCUGCCAGUCAGUCAUCACAAUGCAGGAGUACGAUGGAGUCAACAAAGAAGAUGAUACAAGAAACAGAAUGAGAAAACUGUUGAUUCUGAUUCCAAGGAAGGGGGGAUUGACCUGUAUGCAAUUUCUGGAAAGUUUGCAAAGGUUAUAUCCUGAUUUACAACAACAUUUGCAAUAUUCAGGAGAUGAGUCUGUAAUCGUGGAGAAUAGACCCAGGAAUUUAGGUGGCUCUGAGUCUUCAGAGACAGUGAAUCCUCAAGUGCUAGCACCAGCUGGUAACAUGGCAGUGCUGAGUUAUAGGACUGAGGACCCUAUGGGAGAUGACAUCAGUGGAACGGCUAUGUCGGCAUCAACCAGAAGGCCAUGGGACUCAGUAACAGCAGCCACAGAUGAAAAGGCCUUGGAGAUGAUACACAAAGUACAAGAUAAACUCAUCAAGUUACUUCAGAAUGAUGCUGACAAGGUCUUGGAUGAGUUGCUCUGCCAGUCAGUGAUCACACAGCAGGACUACGAUCAGCUCAACAAAGGAAAGGAUGCAGAGAACAAAAUAAGGAUACUGUUGGUUGUGAUACAGCGGAAGGGGGGACCGACCUGUAAGCAAUUUCUGGAGUGUUUACAAAGCCUGUUUCCUGACGUCCAACAGCACAUACAAUACUCAGUACAGGUGUCUGCACCAACUGGUGAGACCUCAGCAGUGAGGCCUAUGGAAGAGGAAGUGGUGGGAGAGCUGGGCAGCAGUGCUACAUUGACAAGCUCAGCUGCAAGAUCCCCCGAUUCAGUAACCGUGGUCGCUGAUGAGAAAUCCUUGAAGAUUAUGUGCAAAGAGCGACGGAAACUGAUUAAGAUUAUUCAAAAUGACCCGGGUGGUGUCUUGGAUGAGUCACUUGCUCAGUCCCUCAUCACAGAUGAGGACUAUGACAAUAUGACUACAAUAUCGGAUACAGAGGCGAAAAUUAGAAAAUUGUUAAUUCAAAUACAGAGAAAGGGAGCACUGGCCUGUCAGCAAUUCCUGGAGUGUUUAGAAACCAUGUUUCCGGGCACAAAUCAGGAUUUACAACAUCCUCAGGGUGGAUUAAAUCAGGAAUCUCAGACUCUGCAAGCCACAGAGCUGGGGGAAAAAGAGGUCAUAAAUCCAAAACUGGAAUUAGAUAUUCAAGAAGACAGAAAGCGGGAGGAGACAGACCUUUCCAAAGAAAGAAGUAAAGCAUUUCAAGAUAUUCUGUCCAGAUUAAACCUGGAGAAGCACAGAAGCAGGAAGAUCAGGCUGAGGGAUGUCCUGGAGAUCUGCCCAGGAGGCAUCAAAAACAGGAUUCCAGAGGCAUUAAGUGAUUUACCUUGGCAUUUCCUGAGGAAGGUCAUGGCUGUGAAUGGGACAGCCAGAAAUACAAGCAUUGGGCACAAGGCUCCUGAAGAAGAAAUGAGUGAUGAUAAUAAAGAGCUACAUAUUGACGACAAUUUCUAUGUUAGUGAUGCCGAGAUAAAAGUUUCACUGCACCCCCUCGAUGUUCUCUGCGCCAUUCUGCUUUACUCAGACAGUUUCCUGCAGCAGGAGAUCCUGUCCAAAAUGUCCAUGUGCCAGUUUGCCCUCCCUCUGCUGCUUCCUGCCCUUGACAUCCACAAGUGCACCCUACUGCUGUGGGCCAUGAGGGACAUUGUGCGGAAGUGGAGGCCGCACUCCCUGGCAGAGAGCAGAGGGUUCAGAGAGGAGAGCCUGGUGCUCACAGCAAUGCCAACCAUUUCCUUUGUGCGGCUGGGGAGCUGCAGCUUCUCCAAGUCCAAACUCCUCAAUGAUGUUCUCAGCCCCUCCCAGCAGCACCACAAUUUCUUCAUCCAUCGUGACAUGGAGUCUGGGAAUGUCCCUCGGGAAAUUGCAGAUGGGCUGGUUGAGAUUUCCUGGUAUUUCCCUGGUGGAAAUGAGAAUUCAGAUCUUUUCCCAGAACCUGUGGCAGUUACAAACCUGCGUGGAGACAUCGAGACGCAGUGGCUGCAGUUUAGCUUUUUAACAGAGGUCUCCUCAGCAAUGUUCAUAGUUACUGAGAGCAUCAGUGAGCGAGAAUAUGAGCUGUUAUCCUCGCUGAAAGAAUCAACAGCUAAAUAUUACUUCAUCCUUAACUACAAGAAUGAGAAACCCAUAGAAACUCUGGGAUUCCUUAAUAAGCUGGCCCCUGUGCUGAAGCUGAGCAAAUCACAGCUACUUGUGAAAGAUAGUACCACUAAUAAUGCAGGAUUUGUGAAAAAGGUGCAGUCCACCAUAGGAAACAUAAUGAACUCAUCUCCCAAGACAGUGAGUUUGGAAGCUAUGGCUGUGAUGGCACGUGACCUAGGAAUCCAGGUGGAUGAGGACUGUCAGGCAUGUCAGUGUGCGAGGAAAUGUGCUGAAGAAAUCACUGUAGAAAUAAGAGAUGUGGCAAAAUACAAAAGAGAAAUGUUGAGACUCCAAGGGGACCCAUGGAAAAACUUGGCUAAAGUGGAAAAAGAGCUGUGCCGAAUGAAAAGCCAAGGAGAUAUGGCCACUGAAGACUAUAAAUCUGAGCUGAAACAGAAAUGGUUAGAGAUACGCAGACAGCAGAAUCAGUGUGGCCUUACUAAUGGUUUGACUAAGUUCAUCAAUGGAAUAGAACACUUGCCUACAGUGGAGAAACAUUACUUCCUGAAAUGGAUGAAAUUUAGCCUCGAUAACACUGCCAGGGGAAAUCUUUCUAAAAUGCGGGCUGAGUAUAAAAAGAAAUGUGAAACUCCAGGAGCGGACCGAAAACAGCUGGAAAAACUAGAUAAAUUAAUAGCUGACAGUUCCCUUGGGGUGGAGCAUUUCAUACGUGAGUUGGGGCAGUUCUAUGAAGCUGAAUGCUCAAUAGUUAAAGAAGGCAAUAAGGCAGAAAAUCAGAGACAAUUCAUCCACCUCCCAGCCAUAGCAGCUGACUUGAUGCUGGAAGGGUUUCCUAUGGAGCUGAUUGACGGAGAUGCCUCCAACAUCCCCAUGAACUGGGUAGUAGAUGUUCUAACUCAUCUCAAUAUCAGACUAGGGGGUAGAUCCAGAAUGGUGGUUAUAACAGUGCUGGGAGUGCAGAGCACAGGGAAAUCCACCCUUCUCAACACCAUGUUUGGCCUGCAGUUUGCAGUGAGCAGUGGCCGAUGUACGCGAGGAGCCUUCAUGACGCUCAUUAAAGUUACAGAAGCUGUUCAGAAGCUAAGUGGCUGUGAUUUCAUCCUGGUGAUAGACACUGAAGGUCUGAAGGCCCCUGAACUAACGACAUUGGAAGACAGUUAUCAACAUGACAAUGAGCUGGCCACCCUCGUGAUUGGACUGAGUGACAUAACCAUUGUUAACAUGGCCAUGGAGAAUGCCACCGAAAUGAAGGAUAUUCUGCAAAUUGUGGUCCAUGCCUUUCUCAGAAUGGAGGAAAUAGGGCAAAAGCCAAACUGCCAGUUUGUGCAUCAGAACGUCAGUGAUGUGUCUGCACAUGACCAGAAUAUGAGGGACAGAAAACACCUCCUGGAGCAGCUGAAUGAAAUGACGAAAGCUGCAGCAAGGAUGGAAAAACAAAGCAGGGAAAUGGUGUUUUCUGAUAUUAUGGAAUAUAACCCAGAGAAACACAAUUGGUACAUCCCUGGGCUGUGGCAUGGAGUCCCUCCCAUGGCUCCAGUAAACACUGGAUACAGUGAGAGUGUGUGUGAGCUAAAGAAACACCUAUUUGAAUUCAUAGAGAACCGUUCACGUUACAGAGCUGUCAAAGACAUUCCUGAAUUUAUUGAAUGGCUGAAGAGUCUGUGGAAUGCAGUAAAACAUGAAAACUUCAUCUUUAGCUUUAGAAACAGCCUUGUUGCUGAAGCCUAUAACCAGCUGUCUAUGAAGUAUUCUGAAUGGGAGUGGGAUUUCCGCAAGAAGAUGUAUAGCUGGAUAUCCGAUAAAGAAACUUUCAUCCAGAACCAGCCACCAGAGAAACUAGAGGGUGAUCCUUUAGCAAGUUUAAAAAUUGAGGCACAAGGGAAACUUCAGGAGGAAGAAAAGAAGCUCUUGGAUAAUUUAGAACAGUAUUUUAAAAGUGGAGCUUCAAAUUUGAACCUGAUAGAAAAGUACAGAGAAGAUUUCAAAAGGAGUGCAAAUAGCCUCAAAAGAGAACUUGAAAGUUAUUCAAUCAGUAACUGUGAGGAAGCAAUUCGAAUCCAAAGAGGACAGCACAAGAUAGACACUAUCCAGACUGGGUACAAACAGACAAUUGAAGGGAAAGUUGACAGACUCUUGGCUGAAUGCCGGAACAGAAAACAUAAACUAGACAAUGAGAAACUGAAAAUAGAAUUUGAAACAAUGUGGCGAAAAACCUUGUCAGAGUUAAAGCUCAGUAGUUUACAGAAACGUCAAGUUGUUCAAGAUAUGGAUCUCCAGCUGAGAAAGGAUUUUGAGAAUCGAGGGAGUGCCAUCAAUCAGAUGCUACAACAUGCAAAAAGCCUGCUGGGUUAUAGAAUGAAGUCUUUCACAAUGAAGAAGGAAUACUUAGAACUAAAAUGGACCACAGCAGUUGUGGAAUUCUUCUUACAGGACUGUCACCGUAAAACUGAAGAGCUUGCUCUAUCUUUAAUGGAUGAAUGCAAGAAAUACAUUGAAGAAAAAGUUAAAUCCAAAACAGACUAUGAUGAAACCUAUUGCGGAGAACUGCUGCAUAUGGUUAAUGAGAGGUUAAAACGGGAAGAUGUUCAGAAACUUCCCACUACCCCUAGUUUUGAAGUUGACCUGAAACUUCACAUUUUGGGGGAAGCAGCUUGUGCGUUUCAGAAGAUGCAUGAAGAUUUUAUCAAAGAAAACGAUCCUCAGCAACGUCUGGAGAAGCUGAAACCUCAGUAUUUCUCCAUAUUUAUGGAUCUCUAUUUGGAAAAGGAUGAAAGCCAAACAAGGGCCAAAGAUUUCUGUUAUCAGUGUCUCAAACCUGCCUUGGUGAGUUAUGUCAACAAAAGGCUCGGACUAGAAAUAGUUGACAAUUUUCUCAGCAGUGAACAGGCGGUUGAAUACGCCAGCCGAAGCUUCUUUCAGUUGUCUGUGCUAAAGAAGCUGCUGGAAGAGAUGAACUUUGACAACUAUGUGAAAUACAUACGUAACUAUGAAAAGUUUGUCAAAUCCUGGAUACAGAGAUGUCUGAUAGAUCACUAUGGAGGGAAGACAAGUUUGAGAGAGUUGGAGAAAGGGAUUCUCUCCACAAUAAUAAAUAAAAUCAAAGGAGUUCUGAAAAACUCCAUAAAUAAAAACAAUAAGACAGUUUCUGCCUUUUUAGACAGCUUUUGCAAAGAGCUGCAGCAGGACCUGGUCAUUUCCUGCAAUAGCUUAGUUGGAGUACAGUUUAAAAGCACAGCAAAAAUUGAGCAGCUUUCUGAUAACAUUCGAACCUUCCUUCUGGAGUUAGAACAACAAAUCUUAACCCAGUUUAAUCAUUUGCAACUUGACACCAAACUCUCCAACCUGUCAGUGAAGCCCCAGGAUGAGAUCUUCAAGCGAGUGUUUGGCUGUGGGAAGCAAUGCCCAUUCUGUAAAGCCCCCUGUGAAGCAGGAGGCACUGACCAUAAAGAGCAUUUUGUAUCAGUCCAUCGACCCAAAGGAUUAGGGAACUUCAGGGAUCGUGAGUCACAAAAGCUUGAGCAUUCCAUAUGCUCCUCUGAUGUGGUUUCCAAUCGUGAGUUCCAAACUGCAGCCACAGCAGGAAAAUUUCAUCCUUUCAAAGAUUACCGCCAUUACUACCCAGACUGGCACAUUCAGCCUGAUCCCAGCAUUGAUGCUUCUGAUUACUGGAAAUUUGUUUUCAAAUCAUUCAAUGACCAGUUCGCUAGGAAGUAUGAUGCUAAAGCAGCAGAUCUCCCAAGAGACUGGAAAAAUAUCACUAAAGAGGACGCCCUGCGGGGCCUAAAGCAAGGGUUUUAUCUGAAAAAAUAGACAUCUCAAGUGUAUCUUUGAAUCGGAUACACUUCAACAAAACCAAACCCUUGAUUUUAAAAAAUGGAAUAUGAACAAAUCUGACAGCCUGGACCUUUUUUUUAAAUUGAAAACUAAAAAAAAUCAAUUGCAGGUCACGUCUUCCAAUUAGUGCAAGGCUGCUGCACAGGUACAGCCCUACCAGAGCAAACUGAUAGUCCCUGUCUCCUUGCUGAACCAGAGUAACAGCCCAUCUAGCCUGGUAUCCCCACCUCUCUGCCUAAUUGUAUCAGACCAAUAACCCAUAUAGCCCAGUAUCCCACCUCCUUGCUGUAUUGGAUGAGACCUAAAGGCCAUCUAGCUCGGUAUCUCAUCUUCCUGCUGUACUGGAUCAAACCAGGGAUCCAUCCUGUCUCUGACAGUGGCCAUUACAAGAUGUUUCAGUGGGAGGUGCAAGAUACCAUCUAAUGGAAAUUUUAUAGAAACAUGUUUAGAGAGGAAGCUUCUUCCUAACAUAACUAUGUAAACAGGGUCCGAAUGAGUUCUCCCAUGACAUCUAGCUGGGAGUGGGGAGCAACUUUAGGAGCAAACUGUAUUUACAUGAACUC